AUGGCUGCUUCUAUGGGCAGCGGUGCCCAGUCGCGGCUCAUCACAUCGCCGCUUGUGCUGGCGCUGUGGCUAUUGCUAUUUGCGAACGCGGCCGAAGCUAAGAAGACUACUCCUGCUAUUACCCCGGCGCCGUCGUCGCGUCCAACCGCCGUGCCUAUAUGGCUGCCGGACGUGUCCGGGGAGGAAUGGUCUAGGUGGCGCGGGAGUAUCAUUUCUAGCAACGACGUCGAGACCGUAUAUACCGUGUUCUGCCCCCCAGAGCGCCCCGGCUGCAUCGUCGCCGCCGGCAACGACAUGCCGUUUACAUUCACCGAGGGGCCGGGGACGUUACGUACGGCAUACACGAUCGCCGGGACGCUCUCCAUAACCUCAGCCUGCAUCCUAGCCUCCACCACAGCAGCCACCUGCAGCGGGAGCACCUGGGUCGCUGCAGCCGGCCUCACGCAGCAGCAGUCCCUCGGCCCGAUGACAUUAUCAUUAUCAUUAUCCAACGCCACGGCGCCGCCGUACACGCUGUCCGGCACGGACGUAAGCUGGGGCGUGCUGAUGCUAGGGGAUGCGCCGCUUACGAGUACUAGGGGAGGGCGCACGUAUACUUAUUAUACUACUACUACUUCGUCGGAAAGUACACCUGCUCCUACGACGACAGGUAACGGGCCUGCUGCCGCGGCUACGACUGGUACCAAGACUGCGGGCGGAGGAGUAGGAGGAGGAGGGGGAGGGGGUAAUGCGGCGGCGACGGGGAAGGGUAAGCCGAAGAAGUCGGGUGCGAGGAUGGUUGUGGGAGGGGAAGGGGUGUGGAAAGGGGGCGUGGUGCUGGUGGGUUUGGUGGCUGUUUUGUUAUGGUGA